ACAUAUCAUCGUCAUCAUAAUCGAUCGAUGGAUCGCAUUGUCGUCAAGGACAACAUCGUAAAUGAGCACUAAAAACAACACCCAAAAUUAACGAAUUAUUCAACGUUGUCAAUCUCCAGAAGAUCGUCUUUUUCAUUUUCUCCCAAAUUUUCCCCACUUAUUAUUAAUCAAUCGCUCUCACCAGACCAAAACCCUAGCACCCAAUUUUCCCAAUCCAAAAAGCUUCGAAAGCUCUGUAAUCUCCUCAGCAGCCGAUCUCGGCCUGUUGUAUAAAACGCUUCUGCUCUGAAGAGUCGACAACCCGCACACGCUAGAGAGAGAGAGAGAGAUUUUGUUUAUUUUGGCAUAGUGUAUUUUGUUGUGCCAUUGGGUAAUGAAAUGAGGUUUGAGAAAGGAUCAUGUAGGUUUGUUGAGGAAGUGAGGUUUCAUAAUCGACAUUGACUGAAAACGGAGGGAUGCGAGUUUUUUGGAUCCUGAAGUACGUAUGUUUCGGCGUCUGGGAUGGUUGGUCGGUCUAAAUUAUAGAAGCUGGUCAGGAAAGAGGUUGACUGAUGCCAAUGUACACCCAGCAAAGAUUAAGCCAGUGGCUAUGUUUGACACAGUACAGGAGAUUGCCAUUUACAUUCAUAGGUUUCACAAUCUCGACCUUUUCCAACAAGGAUGGUAUCAACUUAAGAUUACCAUGCGAUGGGAGGAUAAUGAGUAUACUUCUGUGGGAACUCCAGCAAGAGUAGUACAAUAUGAAGUUCCUGAUAUAGGGUCUGAUGAUGUGCAUGGAGUUUGGAGAAUUGACGACACAGACAACAGUUUCUCUACUCAGCCUUUCCGGAUAAAAUAUGCAAGGCAGGAUGUGUCAUUGUCAGUCAUGAUAUCGUUUAAUCUAUCUCUUGGUAAAUAUGAGGGUCCACCCACGUCUGCUGUCAUUGUGAAGUUUGAACUUAUGUAUGCCCCAAUAUCAUUGACUGGGUCUGACUUGCAGGCUUCUCUAAGUUCUUGCUCUGCUGCCGUCCAUGAAUUUCGAAUUCCUCCGAAAGCUCUUUCGGGUCUGCAUUCAUAUUGCCCUGUUCAUUUUGAUGCAUUUCAUGCUGUGCUUGUUGAUGCAAGUUUACACAUCAGUCUACUUAAAGGUGAUGCUUAUGCAGCCCCAACAAAGCGACCAAGUGAUUCUUGUACUGUGGAAGUUGUUGCUAAUGAAAGCUUUGAUGGAGCACACCAAGCACCAGGUCAAAUGGCUUCUGCCGAUGCAAAAUGCUUCAUGCUUGUUAAAUCAUUAUUAGCUGCUCGAGACAUUCUGCUUGAAGAGUUGCAGAGGCUUAGCAAAGCAAUCGAUCAACUAAUUGACUUGACUGAUUUUAUAUCUAAGAUGGAUGAUAUAAAGUUUCCCAAUUCUGCCCAACAAGGAAAUGCAAGUCCAUCAGAUGGAAAAGUUUCAGCACAAGGCAAGCAGCAAAAUGGUUUUGAGAAAACAACCAGUACUUUACACCUUCAAAGUAGUGAAUCUCUCCUCUCUCUACCAAGGAGUGUUGUACUGAACUCCCUCCAUUUAUUGGGCGACCAAGUUUCAUAUUUAUGGAACAUUUUUUUGCAGUUCCACAGGUCACAUAGAACAAGGAUAUUGGAAUGUUUGCGGGAAGCGUGGGCCAAAGACAGAAGAGCUGAAUGGUCAAUAUGGAUGGUGUACUCUAAGGUUGAGAUGCCUCAUCAUUUUUUGAAUAGUGGCACCGAUGAUUCCUCUCACCAUGGUGUCCAUAAAAGAGUAUCGAGUAUCUUGAAGUUAACUGAUGAUCCUGCCCAUACUGCUGCUUUGCGUGCUGAGCGCCAUCGACGAAGUAUUGCACAAAUGAAGAUCAACAAUCGGUCAAUUCAAGAUAUGCACUUAUUUGGAGAUCCUUCACGCACCCCUGUUCUAAUUGUGGAACGUGUCAUGAAUGCACCAAGGCGUACUACUAGUGAGAAUUCUUACCUGAGACAUUUGGACGUGAUUAAUUCACCUGGCUUACUCGAUGCACCUGGCUCUGAAGCUGGAGACAAUCAAACCGGCAUGAACAAACAACCGAAUGGCCGUGUUUUAAAGAUUGUUGUGUUUGUGCAUGGGUUUCAGGGGCAUCACCUGGAUUUAAGGCUUGUACGAAAUCAAUGGCUUUUGUUCGAUCCCAAGAUUGAGUUUCUAAUGUCAGAGUCAAAUGAAGACAAAACAUCAGGAGACUUCAGAGAAAUGGGACUAAGACUGGCUCAGGAGGUGAUAGCGUUUGUUAAGAAGAAAAUGGACAAGGCUUCAAGACAUGGAUUGCUUGGUGAUAUUAAGCUAAGCUUUGUAGGACAUUCCAUCGGGAACGUAAUUAUACGAACAGCUUUAGCAGAAAGCAUUAUGGAACCAUACCUGAGGUACCUGUAUACAUAUGUCUCUAUAUCGGGUCCACACUUGGGGUAUCUUUAUAGUUCGAACUCUUUGUUUAACUCUGGACUGUGGCUUUUGAAGAAGUUUAAGGGCACACGGUGCAUUCAUCAGCUAACAUUCACUGAUGAUCCCGACAUUCAAAAUACGUUCUUUUACAAGCUGUGCAAGCAAAAAACACUACAGCACUUCAAGCAUAUUAUCCUGCUAUCUUCACCGCAGGAUGGUUACGUUCCAUAUCAUUCUGCUAGAAUUGAUAUGUGCCAGGCAGCUUCAUGGGACCAUUCAAAAAAGGGAAAAAUAUUUCUGGAAAUGCUGAAUGAUUGUUUGGACCAAAUCCGGCCGGCUUCACCUGAUCACAGAGUGUUCCUGCGCUGUGAUGUCAACUUUGAUACCUCUUCCUAUGGGAAGAACUUGAAUACCUUUAUCGGUCGGGCUGCUCAUAUUGAGUUUUUGGAGUCCGACGUUUUUGCAAGGUUCAUAUUGUGGUCUUUCCCUGAACUAUUUCGAUAAUGGUGACAUAAACCCGCUUUUCUUAUCAAACCAGCUUCUCUGACCUGUCUUCCUUGCGGCGUUCGAACCUCUUGAUUUUCCCAGAAUUUGAGUACAGAGACCAGGGAUGCUGCAGGCGGAGUGUUGGAGAGGCCAUUGUAUAUUACUGGGGCAAAAUUGUGCCAUUGUUCAGCUGAAAAUUUACACCAAAGAUCUCGAGAAGAUAGUUGUGUAAAUUAUCCUAGGUUUUCGAUAAAUUUCUUUUUGUGAUUAUGCCCACAUCCAUCUACCGCUAUAAGGAUCAUCAUGUAGCUUCCAGUCCAACCAGGGGGGAUGAACGGUAAUAAAACUUGUUAUAUAAUAGUAAUCUUUUUUUUUUUUUUUUUUUUUUCAGAUCAGAUUUCGUUAGUCAUCUCUUAAAACAAAACUUCUUGUAUUUCAUAGUGUCGCUAUCAACUACCUAGUAUUAACCAGCGCAUAUAUUGUAAAAAUGAACGCCAAAAUGAUACUAGAUGUUCUUCA